AUGUCCAAGUGCUUCCAGUUUGUCUACGAGGACAAGGGCGCUAUAGAUCCUGUAACUCUUACCAGUAACGAUGGUCCUCGCGUCAACAGAGUUGGCCUCUCUCAAAAGCAAAUUCUUGACGCGGUGGACCAGAGCGUCGAGCGACUGGGAACCUGCAUCGAUGUCUUGCAGAUUCACAGGAUGGAUCGUGAUGUUCCUGCGGAGAAGGAAACAGAUGCUCGAGAGCAGAAGGAUCCCUUCCUCAAGCUUCUAUUUCGCGGUGGAGACCAAGAUACCGAUCGAGCCAUUGUUGAACGUGUUGAGGAGUUGGCUCAGAAGAAGGGUGUCGCUAUGGCCCAGAUCGCGCAAUCUUGGCUGAUUGCAAAGGGAUGUAUGCCUAUCUGCGGUCUGGAGAGCGAAGAGAGAAUUGAUCAGGCAGUGGGAGCACUUCAGUAA